CCAAGCUGAAGCUGGGUUUAGGCUCUCGCCACCAUGCCUGCCGAUUACAAUGGGACCUGGGAAAUGGUGACCAAUGAAAACUUUGAAGGCUACAUGGUUGCUUUAGGUAUUGAUUUUGCAACUCGUAAGAUUGCAAAACACUUGAAACAAACAAAGGAGAUUGUUCAAAAUGGAGACAAUUUUAAAACAAGAACACUCAGUACAUUCAGAAACUAUGAUGUGGAUUACACGGUGGGAGUGGAGUUUGAGGAGCACACCAAAGGACUGGAUAACCGAGUGGUAAAGUCCCUGGUGACCUGGGAUGGUGACAAACUGGUCUGUGUUCAGAAAGGCGAGAAGAACAACAGGGGCUGGAAGCACUGGAUUGAAGGAGACAUCCUGCAUCUGGAACUGACAUGUGAAGACCAGGUGUGCCAUCAGACAUUUAAGAAGAAGAACUAAAAUGGAGCAGAAAGCCUCCCAGAUCUUCAUCACAAUGUUAUGCUGUCAUGUUUUGUCUAAAAAGAAGAAUGAAGCCAGAUUUUCAUCCCUUUGACUCUUUUGUGUGGAGAUAUUAUGUGCCUGUUUAUGGAAGCAAACACAUUUUAUAGAAAUAACAUCAAAUAGUUACAAACCUCAUAAAUUCCUUUGCCUUUCAGUCUAGAGUUAAAUAAAAGUAAUUGUCUUCCAAAUUAUGUUUCCCUACAUCUUUAUAAUGACUUCCAGAGGAAUGUCCAUUAGCAACAAGGCUGAAAAUUAACAGUCACAAUUAUUUCAGUCACAGUCUAUGUCUCCACAGUGCUGUAUUAUCAUAAUGUCUCUGGGUGACUGAGCAACACUGGAUAUUCACUGGACUGUUUCUAUUUAAUGUAGUCCUGGAUCACUAACUCCACAGUUUCAGGCGACAAAAUGCCUCACUGAGCACAAUACAUGUCCUUUCACAUCAGGACUGUUCCUUGGAUUUGGCCCAGGUCUAAAGCUGCUGCUGGUUAUCACCAGAUCAAUAUCUCAUGGCCUUUGUGAAGCGCUGCAGUUACUCAGUGUGAUCCUAAUAUGGAUCAAUGACAAUCCUGUAACUUCCAGUUAGAACUGGCAGCCUAAUUACCAUCCCAGUGGAGAAAUCUGCUGUUUGAAGCAAAUCCUGCAUUGAAGAGUUGCUCCAUGGUAUGAAAACUAAGGCACACUUAGGACUGUGAGAGGAAAACUGCAGAGUAUACAAAGUCUGCAUGUUCCCUGUGCAGAAAGAGUGCCCAGCAUGCUGCAAUCUUCACCUUGUGCCACUUUCAGAGACUGUAAAAAGAAAAAUCUUUUCCAUGCAAUUCUUCUCAGUUUUAUUCAGGGUUUUUCAAAAGAGUUCAUAUUCUUUGCUAAAGGCAAGUUUAAGUUAACCAUGGAUGAUGAACACUACUUCAGUAGAUAGAAAUUUUAUUAUUCAACAAAAUGUGUGCACAACUUCCCCAGAAGAUCUUGUAUGCCCAAAAGCUCAUCUGCUUUUUCCCGAUGACAUGAAUUAUUCUAAUAAAAUAGACUGUCUUCAUACAACAUGGCUUUCAGAUAAAAAAAA